AUGGAUCUAUCAUUUGCUCUAUUCGAAAGACAAAAAGAAUUGAUUGCAUCAUUAAAUGAAUGUCCAUUAGAUGCACGUGAUCUAUCGAUAAUUCUCGAUGUUAUUAAUGUUUUAACAAACAAAACAAAACAAUCUCAAUGGUCUGAACUACUUCUUACACAAUUGAAUACUAUUUUAAGCGAGAAAUUUCCAUUGACAAAAGACAUGGUUGAUAAUGCUCAUGUUCAUUUUGAUAUGAUUUCUGAUGAACAAUUAAUGAAAUUUAUGAAUUCAAAUAUUAAUCUUGAUUGGAAUCCAUUACCACAUGAUUCAUUUAAUCAAUUCAUCGAAACUUUACCAGCUGAAUCUGUUCCUGAUACAACCAAAUAUGAAUCAUUUACUUGUCUAUGUGAUAUACCAUCUGUACAUAUACAAACACGUGCUAAACUUUUCUAUUUAUUUAAUAUUUUCAUCGGAAAACUUUUACCAAUGAUUGAUUUAAGUUUAUCACCAGGCACAAGUAUUCUUACGGAUCGAAUGCGCGCAUCACGAAAUUAUAUAUUAUUUACAACGAAAUAUCACUUAUUUCAUGAUGCAUUAGCUGCAACUUGCUCAGAAUCAUCUCAAGAAGAUAUAAAAUUUGAUACUGUAAAAGCAAGUCUUGGUGAGCAUCCGGAAGAUACAAUGUUCUAUCAAGCCUAUAAACAAUUGUAUUCUAAUGCAUCUCGAACAUUUCGACGAACAAAUGAUGAACAAGCUUGGUCGGCUACUUUUGUUGGUAUGUAUAGUACUGAUCGAGGUGGACCUUAUCGUGAUUCAAUAACACGCAUAUGUGCUGAUCUAUGUAGUACACGAUUAUCAUUGUUUAUUCUUUGUCCUAAUGGACGAACAAAUAGUGGUUCAAAUCGUGAUCGAUGGAUUCCGAAUAUUUUUCCACCGAAUCGACCCAUACCAGAUGAAUACAAAAAUCAAUAUCGUUUUGUUGGACAAUUAAUGGGUUUGGCUAUACGUACGAAAAAUUUAUUAGAUAUUCGAUUACCAAUUUUACUCUGGAAACAAUUAGUACAAGAAAAAGUUACAAUCGAAGAUAUUGAAGCAAUUGAUGUACAAAGUUUUACUAUUAUCAAUCAAAUGGAAGAAAAUAUCAAACAAGUAAAAAGUCUCAAUGAAUAUGACGAUAGUGAUGUAAAUAAUGAUUGUGAUUAUUUAUUCAAUAGUGUUAUGAGUGAACUUACAUUUGAUGUUGUUAGUUCAGCUGGACAAACUUAUGAACUUAUUCCUGGUGGCUUUCAUAUUUCUAUAACUGCGGCUAAUUUUGAAGAUUAUUGUAUGCGCUAUCGUCAAUAUCGUGUCAAUGAAUUUCAUCGACAAAUUGAUUUCAUUCGUCAAGGUUUAUAUAGUGUCGUACCAUCGGCUUAUUUGAGUCUUUUCACAGCUUCAGAAUUAGAAGAAGCGGUUUGUGGUAAAGGUUAUAUUGAUAUUGAAAUGUUAAAACGUCAUACAAAUUACAGUAGUGAUAGUGAAACUUCACCAUAUAUCGAACGAUUUUGGACUGUUUUAAGUAAAAUGUUUAGUGAAGAUCAAAAAAAAUUAUUUUUAAUAUUUGUUUGGGGACGAAGUACGCUACCAAAUAGAGACGAAGAAUUUUCUACAAGUUUUACAAUUACUCGCCUAGAUCUAAGUGGUAAUAUCGAUGAAGCUCUUCCAAGUAAAUGUUUAUUUGAAAUUUGA